AUAUAAAUUAUAAGCUUAACAGAAUAUAUAGUAUUAAAGGUUGGAGAUCAAGAUAUAUUUUCAUUUGAUAGCAUCAAUUUCCAAUAAAUCACUCAAGGCUGUUCUCUUCUCUCCAACGAUGGCCGAAAAUCACCAUCAUCAAAAAUCAUCUUCAAACCCUCAAAACCCUAAAGUUUCUGGUGAAAUUGGACGUAGUAGCAAUCAUAUUAAACCAAAUUACCCGAACCCGCCCGAUAUAAAAAACCCGGACGCAGCAGCGCUAAGGGAACAAUGGAAGUACGCCAUCAGACAGUACAGCAAAUGGUACUCGCACGCUUGGGGCACCGCUAUACUCGCCGGAGUUUCUUUCUUCGCCCUCGGUUGGGUAAUUAAAGGAGGUAAUCCGCUUCCUUCCUUCCAUCAAAACGACGACACUUCCCGAGAUCCACCCAAUUCUCCGACCGAUUCUCCUGAUGUCAACCGAACUCACUGAAUUCCAUUUCUAAAAUGUGAGUCAUGCUACAACAACGAAAGAUAACAUAAAAAGUUUGAAGAAGUUUACCACCUUGUAUAAUGUAUAGUGUAACAAGAACAAUGGUAAAGAAGGUUUUGUAUGGCUUCUUUAAGUUAACUUGUAAACUCACUUUUUCCUAAAGUAUUACUCUUUGUAGAUUUUUCAUAUGGUUUUAUGAGACAACUACCUCUAUUUGUGCA